AUGGCGGUAGGUAGGUGUUCAUCGGUAGCUCUGGCAAUUUUGUUCUUUACUGCUGUCCAUUUCGCGAUUACUCGCCAUGAUGGGACUCAAAAGUUUUAUAGUCACCUAUUGUACAAGAUAAAUGAUUUUGAAAAUGCCAAGGAACCCGGACUGAACUUUUGGACGCCUCUUUCUGGGCUGGCGGGGGAACGCUGUGGCAGCCAUUGUUGUCGCCUUCGCCUUCGCCUUCGCCUUCGCCCUCGCGGCAAAGGCUACUUCGCCUCUCGCAUUAACCGUUACACAAAUUCUACUUCAAGUUUUGAACUUGUAAGACUUGUCAUAAGCGGGUCCAUAAGCCCAAACCAAGGACCAGAUAAGACAUCUGUUUCCCCUAAACCUGACAAACGGAAUCGUCGCUGUCAGACCGAUCCUUUAUACAACAUCAACAUUGCACAUCUAGACAUCCGUUCUUUGAAGAACCACAAGCACUACAUACUUGCAAAAGAAGCUGUACGCGCAAAUAACAUAGAUAUUUUCGCCGUCAGCGAAACAUGGCUUGAUAGCACAGUCUCAGAUAUAGAAGUAGAAUUUCUCGGCUUUCAUCUUCAUCGACUCGACACAAGCAUCCAAACUGGUGCAGGUGUUUGUAUCUUUACAAAACAAUACUUCAAAGUGGAAUGCUUAUAUCAACUAUCUUACAUUGCUGCUUCUGGUCUGCACAUGUUGUGGGUGAAAAUCCAGAUCAGAAACUCGAGGUCUUUUUUAGUGUGCACUGUGUACAAGCCUCCAGACGCAAGCACCUUAUGCUUUGAUACAGACCAGCAAAACUCUCGUUCGGGCACUUUGAAUUCAUUAAACAAGCCAAUUUUCAUCCUAGGCGACCUGAACUGUUAUAUGCUGAAUGAGAAUGAUCUGGCUUGUCAAACUCUCACGAGCUUCUACUCUUCUUUCAACCUAUUACAACUGGUUGCACAGCCAACAAGAAUAACAGAAACUUCAGAAACUCUAAUUGAUGUCCUUGCCACAAACGGAAACCUUGUAAUCGAAACGAAGUGCUGCAAAUCCAGGACAUAUGUUGAUGACAAUCAACUUUACAUAACUUUUCCCGUUCAACAGCGCGAAAAUGUUGUGGAAGACAUGAACAAAGACCUCACUAAGAUCGGGAACUGGAUGUUCAGCAAAACAAGCGCUGACCACGAACGUCAGAGUGGAAUGGAUCAGUUUCAUACACAGAUAGUCAUCAACUCGACUGGUUGGAACAUGUGGCUGACCCCUGUGAUCCUCUACAGCUCUUGUAAGAUGGAUGUCAAGUAUUUCCCUUUCGAUGCCCAAGCUUGUGAUUUGAAAUUCGGCUCCUGGACAUAUGAUGGCUUUCGUAUGGAUAUGGUCCCAGAGGCACUCAUUGCAGACACAUCAAAGUUUGUCAGCAACGGCGAAUGGGAACUCAUCUCAUUUCCUGCAAAGAGGAAUGUCAUCUACUAUGUUUGUUGUCCAGAGCCCUACCCAGAUGUUACUUACACCCUGAGAAUACAAAGACUGGCUCUGUUUUACUACAUGAAUCUGAUGAUACCGUGCCUUCUGAUAACAGUGUUGACAGUCACGGCUUUCUACCUGCCCCCUGACUCUGGUGAACGUAUUACAUUGGUGAUUACAAACCUGUUAGCCAUGACUGUGUUUAUGUUGCUUGUGGCUGACAUCAUGCCGUCAACUUCAGAAGUGAUACCAGUGAUAUCAAUAUACUUUAGUGGUGCGAUAUUUGAGGUUUCCCUGGCUCUUCUUGCUACCUGCUUUAUCCUCAAAUGCCAUUUCCACGAUCCCGCUUCAUCCGACAUGCCAGUUUGGAUCCGACACAUUGUCUUGAAAUGGAUGGCACAAUUUCUCCGUGUUAAAGUCCCUCGCCAUAGAAAACAGGGUACACAAGAACUAGAUCAUGUGACUUUCCUGCACAGAAAUAAAACUCCAAAAGAGUACGGUGUGAAUAAUAAAACCAAGAUUGAGAACGCUUCCACACACAUAACUUCAUCCCCAGACCACACCCUGGCCACGCCUCCUAAAGAUAUUCAAUCACUCGUCAAACGGAUUUCUCAUUCAAAUCUCUUAAAUGGAAAUUAUAAAUCAGGAACCGGGCCGAGGGAACAAGAAUCCAUCUCGAAAAUGACCAUCACGCAGGUGGAGGACUGGUGCAUAGAAUCCAGCGAUGCGAGUCUGAGCAGCAACGAAUAUCAUGGACAGCGGCAUAACUCUGAGACGGGAACAGAUGGUGAGGUCAGAAAGUCCUUAAACGAUGGCGACAGGAGUACGGAAGAAAUACUGAAAAUGCAGGAAAAACUGUUGGAAUGUGUUCAAAUCCUGACGAAAGAAGUGGCCAAAAACGAAGAUAUGCAGGAAAAAAAAGAUGAAUGGAACACGGCGGUUGCUAUUUUGGAUCGUGCUUUUCGUAUGUUAUUUUUGUUAAUGUUCUUUCUGUCGACAUUAACAAUCUUUUACUUCUCCAUGGUUUAGAUAUAUCACUG